UUGCUCUAUUUGCUACUUUACUCUAGUACGCACUCUGCCACGAUGUGCACGCAACUGAAACUAGUUGGAAUCGUAUGCUAUAUUAUAAUCGUCUGCCCAUUUCUCUUACAAUCUGCUCAUGACGUCAUCACCAAGAAUGGUCCAAACACUACCAUCAGGACCCACCACACGGCUCCAUUCCAGAAUCUCCUUGCGAUAGGAAUGACCGCAGAUCUGGAGUAUGAUGAUCUUCAAUCUUCAGCCCCCCAUCCUGUGAAGCGUAGACAGCCUCUGUUACCACUGGGAUACACUCGCUCAAGGACUACCUCUAAGUUAGAACCCGACAUCGUCUUCAUCGAAUACGCUUCUGAUAUCCUUGCCGAAGCAGAAGAAGUUCGUAGUUAUCGUCAUCGGGCUGAUCAUGUCAGUGAGCUGUCAGCCAACACCGUCCCCUAUCUACGAGUUACCGGGGACCGAGGAGGUGGCCAGUGACGACGGCCUGUCCAGACAGGGGGGGUUGUUAGCGACGGUAGGCUCUCUCAUCCCAAGCCUCCUUACACCCCUAGUGGGGAACUUCGGGACUGGUCUCAUCAACGCCAUCACCGCUACACUUAUGGGGCGGGAGCUCGCACUAAUCUCGCCUCGAGGAUUGGCUGAGCCCAUCGCCACCGGCCCUGUGAGAGGACCCGCUCCCUCCAGAGGUUGAGAAAUAAGCAGGCUUCAUACAAAAUCAGAAGACUUCUCUAAAUGUUUCUUUUAAUAAUUUAAAUCCUUAAUUUAUUGUAUAUAACUGUGAAACUAUUUAUUUGUAUAUAGACAAAUUGAUGAAUAUUUAUUUUUCAAAUAAACUUAUUUAUUGAA